AGGAGAAGGAAGGAGAGAGAGAGAGAGAGAGAGACGAAGGAGGCAAGUGCAUCUGCAGAGGCAGGCAGACAGACAGACAAACAGAUCUGCCCCGGAUUCCCUCCUUUCCACUUAAGGACGCAGCCCUUUCCUCCUACCUGACCGGAGGGGACCCUCUGGAUCGUCCUCCAUCCUCCGCAGCCCCUGUGUGUUUCAGAGGAGAGAGAGGGGUGUGAAGGGGGGUGUGUGGCGCCCCGCUGGGUGCAGGCGUGUGAGCAUGUGUGUCUGAGUGUGUAUCUUGUUGCGGCGGUUGGUGAAGCAGGGCCCGGUAUAUGGAUAGGAGCUCACUGUUUCAGCUCAUUCAGGAGCAGCUGGACCCCGAGCAGACUGGUUUUAUUGCGGUGGAGAACUUCACCAGUCUGGCGGAGCAGCAUGAGCUGCAGCUGGACCCCAACAAGCUGGACAUGCUGCUGGCCCUUGUUCAGAGCGACCAGCACGGCCACGUCUGCUACCAGGAACUCAUCGAGCUGCUAAGCAGUAAGCGCUCCAGUAGUUUCCGGCGUGCCAUUGCUAAUGGGCGGCGCACUCUGCAGCGUGAGAUCCUAUUGGACGAGACGGGCCUGGGUGUGUACAAGCGCUUUGUGCGCUAUGUGGCAUACGAGAUCCUCCCUUGUGAAACAGACAGGCGCUGGUACUUUCAUCAGAACAGGCUCUGUCCUCCGCCUGUCUUCAUGGCCAUCGUCACCAUAGUGCAGAUUGUGGUGUUUAUGUGUUAUGGGGUGAGGCUCAACAAGUGGGUUCUGCAGACCUAUCAGCCGGACUUCAUGAAGAGCCCGCUGGUGUAUCAUCCAGGACACCGAGCCCAAGUCUGGAGAUUCUUCAGCUACAUGUUCAUGCAUGUCGGGUUGGAGCAGCUGGGCUUUAACGCUUUACUCCAGUUGAUGAUCGGCGUUCCUCUAGAGAUGGUGCAUGGAAUUCUAAGAAUCAGCCUUCUUUAUAUGGCAGGAGUGGUGGCAGGAUCUCUCACCGUGUCCAUUACCGAUAUGCGUGCUCCAGUGGUCGGUGGUUCUGGAGGAGUCUACGCACUCUGCUCUGCCCAUCUCGCCAAUGUCGUCAUGAACUGGGCUGGGAUGAAGUGUCCGUACAAGUUACUGCGGAUGAUCCUGGCGCUGGUUUGCAUGAGUUCAGAAGUGGGCCGAGCCGUGUGGCUGCGCUUCUCGCCGCCGCUGCCGUCGUCAGGGCCGCAGCCGAGCUUCAUGGCCCAUCUGUCGGGUGCCGUGGUGGGUAUCAGCAUGGGCCUGCUCAUCCUGCGCAGCUACGAGGAGUCGUUGCACAAGCAGUGCUCAUGGUGGGUCCUCGUCUUUUCCUUUGUUACCUUUCUACUCUUCGCCAUCUUCUGGAACAUCUUCGCUUACGAGCUGCUGGGAGUCCAGAUUCCGCCUCCCCCCUGAUGACACGCCCCCGACUGUUUUCUCACUCUGGCUGCAGAAGGCCACACAACCUUCAAAAACUGGAUAUCUCGAUGGCCUCCCCUUUUUUGUUACAGCUCCAGCCCUUUUUGACCAACAGUGGACGGAUGGUCCGAACAGGAAGAUUGGAAAUUCUUACAGUGAUUUUCAUUUCAGGACUUUUCCUAAGGUGUUACUACUUAGACUCUAUAUUUACACACUCCCACUUGACCAAUUUUAAAGCCAGGAGGGGAUAUGAAUGAACUUUGUUUUAUUUUUGCCCAGUUUUCAUUGCCAGGUUUCGAAAUACGUCCACAUUUUCUUUACAUUUUAAAUGUUUUAUUUUGCAUUAUUUUAUUUCAUGAUUUUAAAAUGGUGCAUUUUUAUUUUUAUUGCUGAUACACUGUCUGUUGUUCAGUGUCUUUGGGAAGCUGAAUGGAAAUGCAGUUUAAAAUAAUUCCUGACACACACACACACACACACACACACACAAUCUAAAGCCCAGCCUUUCUUGUGCAGCUCUUGCCCUUUAACAUCCUUCACACUUCAUAAGCUCAGAGGGUAAAGUCCUUGAUUUCAGCCUUUGUGAAUCGCUUGGUAACCGUUGCCUUGGUAACUGUCAGGCAAUCGCGAUGGUAGCCAUUAUCAAGGUGUCUUCUCAUUUUAAAGUCAGUGUUAAGGCAACUGAUGGCAAGUAUAUCAUAACAUUCAGAGGGGUCUUUAACUGAAAUCAUACUGUAAGUAAAAAAAAAAAAUACCCCAAAAUAUAUAAUUUUUCAUAGCCACCUGCAAUUAUGAGAACAUUCUCCCGAACCAGUGUUCUGCCUUCAAAAACAUUGAGGUGAAGUCCCAGACGCUAGAGUUUGCUAGUUACCACUGUUGAGAAAACAUAACAAUAGACAUUGUUUACUACACAAAAAUACCUCAGAACAAUGAAUGGUCCCUAAAAAUGAAAAGAUACAGUUGUUGUAGCUGGCUAACAGUCUGCUAGCUCGUGGUUGACUAGCGAAACAGAACUCAAGCUUCAUAAAUCCCCCCCCUUAGCUAAAGCCUGACAGAACACCGUUAUCUGUAAAUGGUUUACACAAGUCUUCAUGCCACUACUGAGAAAAACGUUGUGGCAACUGCAAAGCUUGGGAAAAUUAAUUUGGUUUUCCUGCGUUUUCGUUUGUUUAUUUGUUUUGUUUUAUUUUGUUUUAUGGCUGAUGUUAAAGUCAGAAUGCUAGCGUUUGGGACAGACCCUACAUGGGCAUUUUUCACUCUAAGGUUGCCAGAUAUCAGGAAAUCUCAUCUGUGUGAGGAUUUCUAAAGGCCUUACACUACAAAGUACUCAAUUCUGCAGUGCCAAGUUACCAUUCGCUAAGCUGCUAAUGUCAAAUUGUAUAUUCAACACUAUUGAAUACCUUUAUUUUUGUUU